CAAAUGUGAAAUUAUCAAUUAAGAUUGUACAAUAGUCUGAUUCAAGAAUUAGAUUGCAGAUACGCGAGAAGCUCGGGAUAUCUGAUUGAUUAGUUGGGCUCCUUCUCCUUCAAAUAACUUCCGGCCCACAAACCUGAGCCCACCAUGAUUUCCUCUGCAACAAGUUAAAAGGAGAACAAACAAGCAGGCAGCAAAGAGAGAACAAAAAUCGAAGCAAGCAAAACGCAAAUCCAACAAUGGCAGCUUCAGCAAUGAUACUGGAUCCGAAACCCGUAUCCUCAUCCGACCCGCCUCCGACACUCCCUGCCGUCGCCGAUUCUAAAUACAGUGAAUCCUCCGAUGACGAUGAUUUAUACAGCCGACUCAAAUCUCUUCAGAGGCAACAGGAGUUCAUCGACAUUCAAGAGGAGUACGUGAAGGACGAAUUGAAAAACCUGAAGCGAGAGCUUCUACGAUCUCAGGAGGAGGUCAAGAGGAUCCAGUCGGUGCCAUUGGUCAUUGGCCAGUUCAUGGAAAUGGUUGACCAGAACAACGGCAUCGUUGGCUCCACCACCGGGUCGAAUUAUUAUGUCCGGAUUCUAAGUACCAUUAAUCGAGAGCUCCUCAAGCCCGCCGCAUCCGUGGCUCUCCACCGUCACUCUAAUGCCCUCGUCGAUGUCUUGCCCCCUGAAGCCGACUCCAGUAUUUCGCUCCUUAGCCAAUCGGAAAAACCUGAUGUCACCUACAAUGAUAUCGGUGGAUGUGAUAUUCAGAAGCAGGAAAUUCGUGAAGCUGUUGAAUUACCACUCACACACCAUGAACUGUACAAGCAGAUUGGUAUUGACCCUCCCCGUGGGGUGUUGCUUUAUGGUCCACCUGGUACAGGUAAAACCAUGCUUGCCAAGGCUGUGGCAAAUCACACAACUGCAGCUUUCAUUAGGGUGGUGGGUUCAGAAUUUGUGCAGAAAUAUCUGGGUGAGGGUCCUAGAAUGGUCCGUGAUGUCUUUCGUCUUGCCAAAGAGAACGCUCCUGCAAUUAUCUUUAUUGAUGAAGUAGAUGCAAUUGCAACUGCUCGAUUUGAUGCCCAAACUGGAGCUGAUAGAGAGGUUCAAAGAAUACUCAUGGAACUAUUGAAUCAGAUGGAUGGAUUUGAUCAAACUGUGAAUGUGAAGGUCAUCAUGGCCACUAACCGUGCAGACACGUUGGAUCCCGCACUUCUACGUCCUGGUAGGCUUGAUCGUAAAAUUGAGUUUCCUUUGCCUGAUAGACGGCAAAAGAGGCUGGUUUUUCAGGUUUGCACAGCUAAGAUGAACUUAGGUGAUGAAGUUGAUUUAGAGGACUAUGUUUCUCGACCUGAUAAAAUAAGUGCUGCUGAGAUUGCCGCUAUAUGCCAGGAGGCGGGCAUGCAUGCUGUCCGCAAAAACCGGUAUGUUAUACUUCCAAAGGACUUUGAGAAGGGAUACCGGAGCAAUGUCAAAAAACCAGACACUGAUUUUGAAUUUUACAAGUAAUCACAGUUUUCAUAUUUGGGAAAUUGUAUGUUCCUAUGCUUCAUGUGGAUUUACUUUAAUAUCUUGUCCUCUGACUAGUAGAUUUUUGUUUUUAGGUUGAUAAUACUCUGCACUUUUUAUCUAUACCAAAUUGAUAUAUCUGUACUCUGUACAAUAAUUGUACAGAUUCAUCCACUCUUUAUUAAAAUAAUAAAUGAGCGAGAAUCAUGCAAUAUGUAUAGACAAUUUUGCCAUAUUGCUUCA